CUGUCAUCAUAAGAUACUAUUUAAAAAAUACCAUUACAUUUGAUAAAAUACUAAAUAUAAAAGUAUUAUGUACAAAAUAAUGAUAUGGGAAGACAACUAUAUGAAAUCGUUAUUAUUAUCUUGAUGUGUCCAAAGGCAAAUUUACACGUGGAUGUACCUGAAUUGUCUGAGGAUAGAUGGACAUACAGACAACGGCAGUACGAAGACGACCUGCCCUGCAUGAGCAUAAAGCCUACAAGUCAUGAUAUCAUUAAACGAUUUUAUGCUAUUUUACCUUAUUUUGACCGGGACCAUGCCAACACAGCUUUCCUUCGGAAGUAUCGAGCAACGAUUCAUGGUUUGGCAGACACAGAGGAUCCAUUAGACAGAGAGGCAGCGUAUCAUGCAGCAGUGUUGACGCCUCUUAUCUUCUUACAUCAAUAUAGGGAUACCUGGUGUCUGUUGGAACGGUUUCACCGAGCGUUGCGCCUGUACCAGAUAUCGCAUCCGACUGAGAAAAGAUCAGCUCUUAAGCUAUUACAAAAUUUUAGAGCCGUUAAUAGUAAGGUUCGUAUGUUUGUGCUGGACUUGCCUGGUGCGCCGCCAGUCACGAGGACUACACCUUCGAUGGACGACGAUGAUGAGAUUCAUGAUAAGAGAGAUAUUAAAUAUUUAAAAGAGCUCAUUAAAAAUCUUGGGUGA